CAGGGGCACAGGACCUGCUUUCCGCGUUGCAGCUGUAGAAAUGCAGGCCCAGUUUUGUGCGCGCUUUUAGCGCAGCGGUGAGGGGGCCGCAAAAGGGAUAAUCGGACGUGCAAAUGGACUCGGAGGCCUCUCAGGAGCAGGACAGUUAUGUGCUGCUGCGUGGAAGUGUCUCCUCACUGCCCUCCGCUUUGGGGAGUCAGUUCCACAAGUGGGUGCAGACGGAGCAGCAGUCCGUCACAGCGGCCUUGCACUGCUGUUUGCACCCGUGCAAGGUGCCGGGCGGGGGAGCAGUCACCUUCCAGCUCAUUUUGCACAGGUGCAGGACAAAGCGCAGGAGGAGGGGCAGAGCGGAAUUUCUGGGCUGCAAUCUCCUGAUUCUGCCUGUAUAUAGGGCAGUGCUAUGGGCAGACAUGGCCCUGUCUCCCCCGGCACAGAGUUUUCUCGCACCCACCCCAGAUAUUUUGCUUUGAAACCAGUCACCAACCCGCUUGAGCCCGGCAGCGGGCGUGUGCACGCGGUGCUGGAGACACGAACCAGAGAGCCGGGGGCGCCCCCGAUUCUCGGAGCCGGGGAUGGAGCUGUGUCAUCGCUGCAACCCGGCGGCGGGUCUGAGUAAUCCGAGCCCGGGAGUGGCGCAAUCCCGCUCGGCGGAGGGUGAACCUCCGCGAGUCGUCACGCCAGGGAAAGCGGAGGGGGCGGCGCUGCAGCCGCGGGAUGUUGCAAUCCGGAAUGAGUCUAAACGUACAGGUGAUCCCUGUAGUGUCUCCACUGAAGAAGAAACGGCUGGACUUCGAGGAUACCCCUGACUCCGAGCCCUCAAAACCCAAGCGCCCACGGUUUGGUCCAGUGUCAGGACUCACCCCAUGCCUGCAGCCCCUUGCGCAGUCCCCUCGUGCCGUGGAACAGGACUCCAGGGGCUUGCAGAUUGGACCGUACAUCCUUCUGGAGCCCAGGGAAGGGGGCCACUCCUACAGGGCUGUGCACAGGCACACGGAGGCGGAGUACAGCUGCAAGGUUUAUCCGGCAAGGAGUUACCCAGAGACGAUGGCCCCUUACGGGAACCUCUCGCCCCACCCCAACGUGGCCCAGGUUGCCGAGGUGAUCCAAGGGGACCAGAACGUCUACGUCUUCUUCCAGCCCGGCAGAGGUGACAUGCACAGCCACGUCCGCCGGUGCAAGCGCCUGCCCGAGAGAGAGGCCGCGGGGCUCUUCCGGCAGAUGGCCGAGGCGGUCGCCCACUGCCACGACCACGGGGUCAUCCUCCGAGACCUCAAACUCCGCAAGUUCCUCUUCGUGGACAGGGAGAGGACGAAGCUGGUGCUGGAGAACCUGGAGGACGCCUGUCUUCUGAGCGGCCCAGAUGACUCUCUGUCGGACAAGCACGGCUGCCCGGCGUACGUGAGCCCGGAGAUCCUCAGCUCCAAGAACUCGUACUCAGGGAAGGCGGCUGACGUGUGGAGCCUGGGCGUGGUGCUCUACACCAUGCUGGUGGGGCGAUACCCCUUCCAGGACACUGAGCCUGCCACGCUCUUCAGCAAGAUCCGCCGGGGGGUCUUCUCCAUCCCGGACGGCCUCUCCCCCAAGGCCAGGUGCCUCAUCCGAUGCCUCCUGCGGAAGACCCCCUCUGAGAGACUGACGGCCCGGGAGAUUCUGCUCCACCCCUGGCUAGCGAGCGGUGGUGCUGCCUCCGAGGACUCCUGCACAAACCCCUCUGGGGAGCAGGGGAUGGAGCAAGUUGUGCCAGACACCUGGAGCCAGAAGGACGAGGAGGAGGAGGAAGAUCUGCACAGUUAAGCAUUCAGAGGAUUCAUUACCGAAGGGGCCCUCCAUGCCCCCAGGGAACCUUAGACUGUCGGCUGCCCCAGGCGAGCUGGGGCUGGUGACUGUUUGUCUAAGGGGGGGCUGCUGCUCAGAUCGGGAUAACACUGUGGCUGUGUCGGCCCCAGCAGGGCCCAGAGCCAGGACUUGCAAACCCAAGUGCCUCAGAGGGGGAGCUGUGGUUGUCCAGGCGUGUGUCUGAAUCCUGCAGAGCAGGAAAGUGCCUUAGCCUCGUACACGGCGAUUCAGGGCGGACGUGACUAAACGGGAGUGAGCCCCCAGCGAGCCCUGGUCUAGGGGGCUCCCACUUACUUGUGCCAAAGAACUUGUUCAAAUUGUGAUCACCAGCAGCGCCCUCCCAGAGGGAUGGUGCGUUUCCCAUUCCCAGACAUGGGGCUCUGGAGGCAGGGAGCGGCCAGGGAACUGAGGCAGGCCCUUGCGUCUCCGGGUUCUGCACCAGUCCCUGCGGCCGUGUAGAAGCAGGAUGGGUGCAGAGGGGGCUGAGCUCUGAUACCAGCUUCCUGACGUGGGGGGGGCCCUUUCCCAGAGGGCACAGGACAGCGGGCAUGGGAGGGUGUUUGAGGAGCUCCUUGUCUUGUGUCACCUGGGAACUGAACUUUGCUGCAGCCAGGGCAGUGGCUCCGUGGGGCUUGGAGGGUAGAGACGUUAAUGGGCAGAGCAGAGCAGGGAGAGGGGGAUGCAGCUGGGUGGGAGUGUGAACAAGGCGGGGGGUGGAGUGUUCCAAGGUCAUGUCAAAGCAGAGCCCAAGAGCUGGGUGCAGCCUGGGGAGCCCUGUGGGGUGCCCACGGCCACCUCCCCUUCCUUUGUAGCUGUAGCCCGUACGGACUCCAAGUCCCAGCAUGCAGUGCUCACCCUGCAGCGAGGGGAAGGGGACACACUGCUGGGGUGGGGCACAGGUCUAGGCUAGUAGGGAGGGCGACUACGGCCUGCCCCAUUUGCCAGGCAUGGCCCUUGGGCUCCUGGCAAUAAAGCCCCUGCCGGAGCUGUUCCUGGUGGGGGGGAAGAGAGGGAGCCCUGGCUGGGGUGGGGGCACUAUGAGGUCUCUCACUAUCGUGCCAUGUAGCCCCCCCACCCCCAUCUUGUGCUGUGACUGCAGCAGGCUGCCUUUGGCUCUCUAACCUCCCCACGGGGGACCCUGCCCUCUGCUCCACCCCAGGAGCCAGUGCCAGCCCUGCGCCAUCCCCUCAGGCCAGGGGGCCGGCAGCAGCCCAGAAGAACUUUGACCAUACGUAUCUCAGGGAGUUGUGAGGCAGCUGGUUUCUGGGGAGCGGCCGGCUCCAUCCCACUUAGCUCAGGCGGGCACCCGCCGCUCUCCCAGCGCAGGCCCGGGGCCUCGCCUCUCCCGGAGCUGUGCCUUCGGAGCGGGUGUUUGUACCCCCACCACGUGCUGACACUACAGGGCCCAGGCCAGGACUCGUUUGUACACGGCACCAUGUGUCUAGUCUUCUGUCCUUUGACAAAUAAAAGGUUUGUAAUGCUGGCUCCUCGCCUGUGCGCUGCUUGGAGCUUCUGCGCCGGGCCCGGGCGCAGCAGAGAUGGGCUCUGGUUUGGCUUUGCAAAGGCUCCUGAUUCCGUGUGAACCCAGCCCCGUUCAUGGGUUGUGCUACAGGAUAUCUGAAUAAAUAAGGUGAUGUAUUUCAAAUGGCCAAAAGGAAAUAUUUUAAAUACUAUGUAUGAUUAGCAUGUGGAACUCACUGCUACUAGACAGUUACUGAGUCCAAGGAUUUCUCAGGACUGGAAAAGGGAUUAAGCAUUGAUACUGAGAGCGGGAACAGCUGCAGUUACAUCAGAGCGGAUAGCUAUUCCUAGGGACAUAAACCCAUGUGUUACAGGGCGUGUCCGCCCCAAAGUGGCCGAGCUCAGAAAGAAGCUUCCCCAGGGCCAGGUUGGUCUGUAGCUAUCCACUCUUCCUCUAGUAACUAGGCCUGUCUGCUGCUGGAGAAAGGACCCAAUGGACCAUUGGCCUGAUCCUGUGGCAAUUCGUGUUCAUAGUACAAGAGAGCAUGUUCCUUCCAUCGCCAGUCUACCACUCCCUCUUCAGUAGCAACAACGCCAGCUGCUCUUCACCCAAGGUGGGCGGUGGGCCUAAGUGGAUGACUAGCCAGCUGCCUCCCCGUGGAGCCAGGAGGAGAGGACUGCCCCCACUCCGGAAGAGACCUCGGUGUGAGUCUAACAACCUGCCCCCUGCCAGCACCAGGUCUGACUGCCUCAGCAGGUAGCCGGGCUCCCCUGCACCCUGGCACGUCUGGUCGGGCAGAGCUGGUUCCGGGGC